UCUUUAACACGCGCAUGCGCAGAGUGGCCUUUCUCUUUCCCGGUGGACGCCAUGGCGGACGCAGAAAAAAAGAAGGUUCCGGCCGUCCCUGAGAGCCUUUUGAAAAGGCGAAAGGCCUUCGCCACCAUGAAGGCCGUCCGCAUCAAGAAGAUGCUGGCAGAGAAAAAGGCUCGCAAAGUAACCAGAAAAUUGAUCUACAAGAGAGCUGAGAAGUACUACAAAGAGUACAGGCAGAUGUACAGGCGUGAGAUUCGCCUGUCACGUACUGCCCGCAAAGUAGGAAACUACUAUGUGCCAGCUGAGCCCAAACUGGCCUUUGUCAUCAGGAUCAGAGGCAUCAACGGCGUCAGCCCCAAGGUCCGCAAAGUUCUGCAGCUGCUCCGUCUGCGGCAGAUCUUCAACGGCGUCUUUGUCAAGCUGAACAAGGCUUCCAUCAACAUGCUCAGAAUUGCCGAACCUUACAUCGCCUGGGGGUACCCCAAUCUGAAGUCUGUGCGUGAGCUUAUCUACAAGCGUGGCUUUGGGAAGAUCAGGAGACAACGUAUUGCCCUCACAGACAACUCGCUGGUGGAGAAGAGCCUUGGCAGAACCGGCAUAAUCUGUGUUGAGGACCUCAUUCAUGAGAUCUACACCGUCGGCAAGAACUUCAAGGCGGCCAACAACUUCCUGUGGCCCUUCAAACUGUCGUCACCACGCGGUGGCAUGAACAAGAAGACCACGCACUUUGUGGAGGGCGGAGACGCCGGCAACAGGGAGGAUCAGAUCAACAGAAUGAUCAGGAGGAUGAACUAAGUCGAUGGUUUGUACAAGACUCAAAAUAUACAAUAAAAAAACAUACCAAAAAAUGUA